UAUAUACCUGUCAUUUGCUUCGAUUGCUAGUGUAAGUGUGUAACUACAUCAACAACCUUCCAUUCAUAAUGGGUAAAAGAAAGGAUUCUUCGGUUCAAGAGGAAGACAUGGAAGUAGACGAUGAACAACAGCAACAAAAUCAAGGCAACUCUUCCUCUUUAUCCAAUGAUAAUAGCUUGUAUGAGAUUCUUGGGGUUGAAAGAACAGCAACUCAACAGGAGAUAAAGAAGGCAUACCACAAGUUGGCACUGAGAUUACAUCCUGAUAAGAAUCCCGAUGAUGAAGAUGCUAAAGAAAAAUUUCAGCAACUUCAGAAAGUUAUAUCAAUACUUGGUGAUGAGGAGAAACGAACACUUUACGAUCAAACUGGAUGUGUUGAUGAUGCUGAUCUUGCUGGUGACAUGGCUCAAAAUUUGAAGGACUUCUUCAGAUCCAUGUACAAAAAGGUCACAGAGACUGAUAUUGAAGAGUUUGAAGCUAGCUAUAGAGGAUCUGAAUCAGAGAAAACUGAUUUAAUUGAUCUUUACAACAAAUACAAAGGUCACAUGAACAGACUAUUCUGUUCCAUGCUAUGUUCAGAUCCUAAACUUGAUUCACAUCGAUUCAAAGAUAUCAUUGAUGACGAAAUUUCUUCAGGAGAGUUGAAGUCAACCAAAGCAUAUCAGAAAUGGGCUAAACAGGUGUCUGACACAAAACCACCCACAAACCCAUUACGUUCUAAGGAGAAAUCGAAAAAAGAGUCAAAUGAUCUAUAUGCAAUAAUUUCACAACGACAAAGUGAGAGAAAAGGGCGUUUGGAUUCGAUGUUUUCUUCUCUAGUUAGUAAAUAUGGUGGAGGGCAACCGAGUGAAGAGCCGAGUGAAGAAGAAUUUGAAGCUGCAAGGGAAAAGCUUGAAAAACGCAAGGAAAAACAAAAUCAGUUUCUGAGAAGAGCGACGAAGGAGAGAACAAGAGAGGUCCCGAUCAUAAAACUUGACGCCGGAAGAGAGAAUGCCGCUCCGGCGUCAGGAGAAGGUGCCGGAGCCAUCGCCUGA